AUGUCUCAACAACCCGCAGACAUGGCCACCAGCCAAAACGUCCAGUCCUGCCGUCUCCUCCAAAUCCCAGCAGAGAUCCUCGACAGGAUAACAUGGCAUCUCACCACCCCCGAGCUGUGCAACCUCCGCAUCACCUGCAAAUCCGUCGAAGAGGCCCUCUACUACAGCUUCACCACAGAGUUCUUCACCCGCAAGCAGUUCAUGAUCUCCGAGUUCAGCCUCAGAGCCCUCGUAGAUAUCUCCAAAAGCCGUCUGGCCAGACACUUGCGCCACGUACAUUUCGGCCUUGACCAGCUUGGCAUGCACACCACCCCUUCGAUGGGCGGGGAGAAAGCGCGCAUGUUUGCACAGCGCUUGGUCGAGCAGGAGUCGCUCUGGUCACUCGGGCUGGUUCCCAAGUACUUGGCCGAGGCUUUCGGUAACUUGCCAAACCUAGAGACGGUGGUUGUCCGUGACUUCAACUCUAACAGGAGAUCUCGCGAUGGGCCUCACGCUCACUGGUUGAGCUACGGCACCCAAACCAUGUUGAAGGAAACCAGCGUUCGGCCUACGAAUCAUGCAAUCUUCAACCGGGGCCCAAUGGAGUAUGGCUUUGUCGACCAAAUGUUCAAGGGCAUUAUCCAUGCGCUAGGAACGGCAAAUGCCCGUCCCAAGGCCAUUGAAGUCAUGGAGAGACAAGGUCACCCGCUUUAUGACUCUGCUUUUCAUAUGCAUCCAGAUUUCGAGGCCUCCAUCAUUCCUGUUCUCCACGGUCUUAAAAGGCUGCACCUAACUCUCGAAGCGAACUCGAAUGGUAUUGGCAAUGACGAUCAACCGUAUCAACGGCAUAGCUUGACCAAGUUCCUACGACACUGCGAUGGACUGGAGGAGCUCCGCAUCAACGGAAGGCACAAUGCUAGCUCAUACGAUGCUCGAAAUAGCCUCAGAAACCUGUAUGACUGGCUCACGACGGAAGAAUCAACAUCUGAAACGGAAUCCCAAAAAGAAGCCAAAUCCCCAUCUCUCAAUGGACAAACUAGCGAUCUCGCACAGCUAAAUGCCCCAAUAAAAUUCCCUCGGUUGCAAAACAUUAGCUUGGGCAUGACAUCCUUUACCGUCGACGAGCUCGUGCGACUCAUUGCCAGGUUCGCCGACACAGUCCAGAAUCUCGAACUAUGGAGAAUCAAACUGUUGUCUGAGGACCGCACCCUUGAUCAAAGCCAGGUGCUGGAAAACAGACAGAUUCUGUUUGCACAGGUGCUGAAAAAACUGCUAAACAUACCUAACCUCAACCUUCGACACAUCAAAUUGGGUAGCAUGCAGCAGAUAUGGUAUCCUGUCAACGGGCACCACAUCCUGGAGGAGAUAAACUUCAAGCCUACUGCGAAAACGAAGGACGAAGAUGUGGAUGCUGGGGUUGAACGAGUGACUGGGGGGACGUUGCAAUACACGGGCACAGAUUGGAGACAUUUUGUGGCCUAUGAGAUGAUUCCUCGGUUAUACACCCCCAGGGUCAAAUAUGAGGAAGCAAGUCAAGACGAGGAUGAUGAAGAUGAAGAGGAUGAAGACAACGACGACGACGAAAAUAUGGAUCAGGACGAGUAA